CCUAAAGUGCAUAGAAACCAAAGUCCAAAGCCAACCGACGUGGAAGCAGUUCUCUCUUUCGGGAGAAAUAUAACACGCAAUAAUUAGUCUGUUACUCAGAAACAACCACAAGGAUGGCCUCUGCUAACGCUUCCUGGUCUGAGGAGAACUUUUCAUGUUCCAUCUGUCUGGAUGUGUUCAGCAGUCCAGUUUCCACACCAUGUGGACACAACUUCUGCAGAACCUGUAUUACGAAGUUCUGGGAUAAACAAGUCCAGUACAAAUGUCCUGUAUGCAACGAGCAUUUCCACACUAGACCUGAUCUACGUGUCAAUAUCCUCUUAUCAGAGCUGGCCUCUCAGUUUAGAACGACCGUACGAGUAAAAGAGCAGCCUUGUGUUGAAUCAUCAGAAGUUCCCUGUGAUGUCUGUACUGGGACCCAGCUGAAGGCUGUGAAGUCCUGCCUAGUGUGUUUUGUCUCUUUCUGCCAAACCCACCUGGAACCACAUCAGAGAAUCGCAGUCCUGAAGAAACAUCGGCUGGUCGAGCCAAUGGACCGUCUGGAAGACAGGUUGUGUAAGAAACACGACAGACUUCUGGAGCUCUUCUGCAAAACUGAAUUUUUGUGUGUGUGUCAGUCCUGCACAGAGGGUGAUCACAGGUCCCAUCCUGUUGUACCUCUAAAGGAGGAAUAUGAAGUGAAGAUGGCCCAGCUGGGGAAGAUGGAGGCUGAAGUUCAGCAGAUGAUCCACGAGAGACAAAAUAAUAUUCAGGAGAUUAAAGACACAGUUAAACGCAGCAAAGCAGAUGCAGACAGAGAGAUAGCCGAUGGUGUGCAGGUGCUCACUGCUCUGAUGCGCUCCAUUGAAGAGUGCCAGGAUGAUCUCAACCAAAUGGUUAAAGAGAGACUGAAAUCCACAGAGAAACAAGCUGAAGACCUCAUCAAAGAACUGGAGCAGGAAAUAGAAGAUCUGACAAAUAGAGGCUCAGAGGUGAAGCAGCUCUCACACACUAAAGACCACCUCCACUUCCUCCAGGCCUUCAGAUCCCUGAAGGAUCCUCCACCCACCAGGGACCGGACGACGGUGGAGGUCCGUCCUCCGUCAUACGUAGGGACCUUGAGGAGAUCCCUGGAUCAGCUGGAGGAGACACUGAACAUGGAGAUGAAGAAGCUACGUGAUGAUGUUGAACUGAAGAGGGUCCAGCAGUAUGAAGUAGAUGUGACUCUGGAUCCUGAUACAGCUCAUCCCAGGCUCAUCCUGUCUGAGGAUGGGAAACAAGUCCAUGAUGGAGGUGUAGCGACGAAACUCACAAACAACCCUCAGAGAUGUACAUAUUAUAUAUGUGUGCUUACGAGGCAGAGCUUCUCCUCAGGGAGAUUUUACUUUGAGGUCCAAGUUAAAGACAAGACUGUAUGGUAUUUAGGAGUGGCCAGUGCGUCUAUCAACAGAAAAGAUGGGAUCAAGUGGACCCCUAAGACGGGUUACUGGACUCUUCAAAAUGAAAAUUGCUGGUUGGUAUUUAAAGGUAACCCUGAUGUCUGUCUUCCUCUGAGAGCUGAGCUCCAGAAGGUGGGGGUGUUUGUUGAUUAUGAUGAGGGUCUGGUCUCCUUCUAUGAUGUUGAAGCCAGGGUUCAUCUCUACUCUGCUACCGGCUGCACCUUUAGAGGGCCUCUCUAUCCACUCCUCAGUCCGUGGUUAACUGAGGACGGUAAAAACUCUGCCCCAUUGAUCAUCUCACCUGUCAAUCAAACAGAGAUGGCCUCUGCUAAGACUUCCUGGUCUGAAGAGAACUUUUCAUGUUCCAUCUGUCUGGAUGUGUUCAGCAGUCCAGUUUCCACACCAUGUGGACACAACUUCUGCAGAACCUGUAUUACGAAGUUCUGGGAUGAACAAGUCCGGUACAAAUGUCCUGUUUGCAACGAGCAUUUCCACACAAGACCUGAUCUACGUGUCAAUACCCUCUUAUCAGAGCUGGCCGCUCAGUUUAGAACAAAUGUAGAAGUAAAGGAGCAGCCUUGUGUUGAAUCAUCAGAAGUUCCCUGUGACGUCUGUACUGGGACCCAGCUGAAGGCCGUGAAGUCCUGCCUGGUGUGUUUGGUCUCCUACUGCCAAACCCACCUGGAGCCACAUCAGAGAGUCACAGUCAUGAAGAAACAUAGGCUGGUCGAGCCAAUGGGCCGUCUGGAAGACAGGGUGUGUAAGAAACACGACCGACUUCUGGAGCUCUUCUGCAAGACUGAACAGGUGUGUGUGUGUCAGUCCUGCACAGAGGGUGACCACAGGUCCCAUCCUGUUGUACCUCUAAAGGAGGAAUAUGAAGUGAAGAUGGCCCAGCUGGGGAAGAUGGAGGCUGAAGUUCAGCAGAUGAUCCAGGAGAGACAAAAUAAUAUCCUGGAGAUUAAAGACACAGUUAAACGCAGCAAAGCAGAUGCAGACAGAGAGAUAGCCGAUGGUGUGCAGGUCCUCACUGCUCUGAUGCGCUGCAUUGAAAAGUGCCAGGAUGAUCUCAACCAAAUGGUUAAAGAGAGACUGAAAUCCACAGAGAAACAAGCUGAAGACCUCAUCAAAGAGCUGGAGCAGGAAAUAGAAGAUCUGACCAAUAGAAGUUCAGAGGUGAAGCAGCUCUCAUACACUAAAGACCACCUCCACUUCCUCCAGGCCUUCAGAUCCCUGAAGGAUCCUCCACCUACCAGGGACCGGACGACGGUGGAGGUCCAUCCUCCGUCAUACGUAGGGACCUUGAGGAGCUCCCUGGAUCAGCUGGAGGAGACACUGAACAUGGAGAUGAAGAAGAUGCGUGAUGUUGAACUGAAGAGGGUCCAGCAGUAUGAAGUAGAUGUGACUCUGGAUCCUGAUACAGCUCAUCCCAGGCUCAUCCUGUCUGGGGAUGGGAAACAAGUACAUGAUGGAGGUGUAGCGAAGGAACUCCCAGACAACCCUAAGAGAUUUACAUAUUAUAUAUGUGUGCUUACGAGGCAGAGCUUCUCCUCAGGGAGAUUUUACUUUGAGGUCCAGGUUGAAGACAAGACUGUAUGGUAUAUUGGAGUGGCCAGAGAGUCCAUCAACAGAAAAGGUUUUACCCCUCGGACCCCUGAGACGGGCUACUGCACUCUCUACUACGACAAGUAUGGGUUGGUAUUUAAAGGUAACCCUGAUGUCCGUCUCCCUCUGAGAGCUGAGCUCCAGAAGGUGGGGGUGUUUGUGGAUUAUGAUGAGGGUCUGGUCUCCUUCUAUGAUGUGGAAGCCAGGGUUCAUCUCUACUCUGCUACCAGCUGCACCUUUAGAGAGCCUCUCUAUCCAUUCCUCUCUACGGGGUUCCCUUGGGCUGUUCAAAACUCUGCCCCAUUGAUCAUCUCACCUGUCAAUCAAACAGACUAGGACAUUUGUUUGAUGAUCAAAUAACCAAACAACCCACAAAUGUUGUUUUCUGAAUAAGAAUACCAUGUGAGAUCUGAGAGAACUGCAUUUGUAUUGCACUAUUUAAUGUCAUUCAUCAAGGAUAAAUACAAUAAGCCAUUAAUACUUUGUACUAUAAAUAAUACAACCCAUUUUAGCUGGUAAAAUGACACUAUAAUGUUCAAUGUCUUUUUUCCUGAAGGUUUUUUGUUCAUUUGAAGAUAUACAAUUGGGAUUGUAGAAAAUGUUUAAAAUGUGAAUUAUUAACAUUGCUAAAAUUAUAUUUUAUAGAUAUUUUUAAACAAAUACUUAUAUUGUUUAUUAUUUUGAAUCAUGUUUUGACAACACAACACAUUCUUUGUACUGUUUCUAAUUUUAAUAAAAAGUAGAAUGUG